CUAUUUAAGUUUUUGUUUGCCUUGCAAUAAAUAAACACUUAUACAUUAUGUAUACACUGUUCUUCAUUAUUGUUCUAAGAGCUCCUCAGUUUUUUAAAAAAUGUCUUCUUUUUGAUGUCUAAAUUUUAAAUAAUAAAAUUAAAAGUUUACAAAUAUAUACAGCUCAUAUUAUACUGUACAUUAAUACUGCAUAUCUAACAUAAAAUCUUCAUGUUGAGGAAAAAAGUUAAUCUACAUGUUUACCCAGGUACACUUUUUUUUUACUUUUUAUGAGCUAAAGAUAAUCUAUUCCCAUUUUUCAGUAUUACAAUUAGGCGAUUGUUUGUUUUUUAUUUAUUUGUUUGUUUUUUAAUUUGUUGCAUCUACAGUCAGAGUGAUGUUGUUUUUUGUUGUUGUUGUUUUUUGCAUUCCUUACAUAUAUUUUAAAUUUUUAUAUACCAUCAUUAAUAACGUUUUGUGUCUAAACCAGUCAUUUCGGUGAUUUCACACUUGUGAUCGUAUCACAAAUUGGGAUCGAUUUUCUACUUAAAGUACCCAUGAUAGUGAGAAGAAUGGAAUAUCCCGUUUUAGUACUCAAAUUCAGCUGACCUACUAAUAUUUAACUCAAGACACCCUGAUUUUCCCCUGUCUUCCAUCCCCUCAGUGACGCUGUUGUGUGGUCCACAAAUUCCCCAAAUGAAGAGCUAUAUAAUGUAGCUUUUGGGGAUGCCAGAUAACGUGGACUGGGAGAGCUAUACAUCUUCAUCAUCACCAUCCUCAACACCGUUGCUGCUGUCUGCACAACUGUCAUUAACUUGUUGAACACUUUUGAUCAAUUUCAUUUUAGUUUUUCACCCAUAAGUGGUUUGUUUCCCCUCCCAUGAUGAACAGACUCGUCCUGACGUCAUCCAUGCUGCUGCUGUUGCUGUGUGUCUGGGUCAACUUGAGUCAAAGCAGUUCAGUGAGGUGCUGUACCAAAUAUUCAUCACAGCCUUUUCCUGUCUUCCGACUGAAAGACUUCACUCGACAGGAUGCCACCAUGACCUGCAACUUAGAGGCUGUCAUUUUUACUACGGUGAAGAACAGACAGAUCUGUGCUAACCCUGAUGAACUGUGGGUCCAGAACGCCAUCGUGCAUAUCCAGAGCAGAAAAAAGUCAUCAUAAUAUGGACACCAUCAAAUCGGUCAAAAACUGGCUUAAGCUGAACAAAUGAACAGAAACAGAAAUCCUUCAAUAAAAUGUAUUUUUUAGAAUUUAUUUUUAUAAUUAAUAAAUUAAUAAAUUGUUUU